AUGGAGAGGCACAAAUGCAAGCUCUGCUUCAGGGUGUUCCCCAAUGGCCGAUCUUUGGGCGGCCACAUGAAAUCCCACAUGGCCAAACUCCGUCUCCCACCCAUAUCUUCCCCACGCCCCGAUGACGACGAAUCGUCGUCUUCUUUCUCCUAUUCCUCUUCAGGGGAGGAAGAAGAUGAGCUGGAAGUGGAGCAGGAAAUCGUCAAGAGCAGAGCGGCUGUUUACGGGUUGAGGGAGAACCCGAGGAAGAGUUUCCGGGUCGCGGAUCCCGAGUUCUCCUUCGCCGGGUCGUCCUCCGUCGUGCAGGACAGGGAGAGCGAGACCGAGUCGAGGAACCCGACCCGGAGGCGAUCCAAGCGGACCCGGAAGUCGGGCGGAGAUGAGAAGAAGGGAUUUGGUGAGAAUCAGCGUUGGAUUUUCGAUUCGCCGCCGCCGGCGGCAGAGCAAGAGCCGGUGAGUUCGGUCUCCGAUACUUCCCCUGAAGAAGAUGUGGCGAUGUGCCUGGUGAUGCUGUCGAGGGAUGUGAACUGGAAGGGAAGAUUCAGUUACAAAAGCGACGAAAUUGAAGAGGAAGAUGAAGAGGAAGAGGCGGAGAAUGGAGGAGAAAUCAAGAAGAGGGCGGAAAUCGAGGAGGAAGAUCAAGGGAUCAUGGAAAGGGGAAGCAGAAUUCGCGGGAAGAAGUUGAAGUGCGAGAAAUGCACGAAGCAGUUCCGAUCGUCACAGGCAUUGGGAUCCCACCGCCGGAUUUGCUCCCUCAACGGAACCCAGCUCGGCGGCGGAGGAAUGGGGAAUGUGGUGGCUGCGGCGGAGAGGAUUUUCCGGUGCCCGUAUUGCUCAAAGGUGUUCGGGUCGGGUCAAGCACUGGGCGGACACAAGAGGUCGCAUCUCAACGGCGGUGGUUCCUACCCUUCGCCAGCUGCCGCUCGUCCACCACCACCACCCCCGCCGGCUGCCAAAAUCGACAAGAACUACAGUUUUUUGGAUCUCAACUUUCCAGCACCGGUGGAAGACGACGAGUUUAGUGUGGUUUCUGAUGCUUAA